CCCACUUCAUAGCUUCCUCCGUGAUUUUCCCGGUCCGCUUCAGAGUUCAGACCCACUAGCGUAUCACUUGCGCUGGUCAUUCAAGCUAGUUUUCGACUUGGCGUUCCGUAGUAUGGACGAAUGAAAUUUUCUGUUUCGAGCUAUCGGGAGUUUCUACAAUGAGUGCAGGUGGUUCAUUUGGAGGGAAUAGAGGACUGAGACCAGUACCCCCAGAGAAAGGAGUUUUCCCUUUGGAUCAUAUGCACCUCUGCGACUUGGAGAAGAAAGAAUACCUCAACUGUCUUAAAACCUCUGGUCACAAAUCUGAAAAAUGCAGACACUUAUCGAAAAGAUACCUUGAAUGCCGUAUGGAAAAGAAUUUAAUGGCAAAGCAAGACAUGACGGAACUGGGAUUUGGAAAUUUGAGCCAGGCCAAUUUGUCUGGCGACAAAUUGGAACAACUCUAAAUUGUUCAUCCUUAUAUAACCAUAGUCGAAGAUUUUAGUUAGUCACUGGGUCAAGUCAUCAUUAACCAACCCUUCUCAUCCACAUUUGAAGGGACGGUACAAUAAUUUUUCAUAAUGUAUUGUCCUUGAUCAAAAUACUCAUCUUGCAGGUUUUAGUUUCUUCUUUAAAGAACAAUGUCUCAUUCAACGGGCCAAUACUAUACUACACUUCCAUUGUCUUCUCCCGUGUAGUUUCAAAAGCUUUCUUUUUAUUCCAUUACUUGUAUGUAUUCAUGCAAAUUUCUGAACAGUGCCAUUUUUUACCUUGUGUAA